AUGGCGACGGCGAUUGUUAGUUCGGCUCGUCAGGUGGGGAGGCUAACAAAUGCGGCCAGGAGGUUGUAUUCAGAUGUUUAUCCAAAAAUAACUACCCACUAUACAAUACACCCUCGUGAUAAAGAUCCAAGAUGGAAAGAAGUAAAUAUGGAACGAGUAGCGGAGGAGACAGAUAUUCUUAUAAUUGGUGGAGGCCCAGCUGGAAUGGCGGCAGCAAUCAGAGCAAGACAGAUAGCCGAAGAGAAGGGGGCUGAAGUAAGAGUUACUUUGUUAGAGAAAGCAGCAGAAAUUGGAGGUCACAUACUAUCAGGAGCCUGCGUUGAUCCAAUUGCAUUAAAUGAACUAUUUCCCGAUUGGAGGGAGAAGGGGGCACCUCUAAACACUCCAGUCACAUCUGAUAAGUUUGGUUUGCUCACAAAGACAGGCAGAAUUCCUAUACCAGUUUUUGCAGGCCUACCUAACUACAAUCAUGGCAACUAUGUUGUAAGAUUGGGACACCUUGUGAGAUGGUUGUCGGAACAGGCUGAGGCAUUAGGAGCAGAGGUGUGGCCAGGCUGUGCAGGGGCAGACUUGAUUUAUCGUGAUGAUGGCUCCCUUAAGGGUGUAGCUACGGGAGAUGUUGGAAUAGCUAAGGAUGGUAGCCCUAAAGAUAUGUUUGAAAGGGGCAUGGAGUUCCAUUCCAAAAUAACUAUAUUUGCAGAAGGCUGUCACGGCCAUUUGACGAAAAUGGUGUCCAGUAAGUUUAAUUUAAGAGAGAAGAGUGAACCACAGUCUUAUGGAAUUGGAUUGAAAGAGCUAUGGGAAGUAAAACCAGAGCAUCACAAGCCAGGUCUAGUAGAGCACACAAUAGGCUGGCCAUUGGAUAAGAAUACGUAUGGCGGUUCUUUCAUAUACCACCUCAACGCAGCGGAAGGCGAGGCGCCUUUAGUAGCUGUUGGAUUUGUGGUCGGGCUGGACUAUGUCAACCCGUAUCUCAGCCCUUUUAGGGAGUUCCAGAGGUUUAAACUACAUCCAUAUGUGAAGCCAAUGUUUGAAGGUGGUGCCCGAGUGGCGUAUGGGGCUCGGGCGCUGGUGGAAGGCGGUUGGCAGUGUCUGCCAGUGCCAGUGUUUCCUGGCGGCUGUUUGGCAGGAGACACGGCCGGCUAUCUCAACGUGCCACGCAUCAAAGGGACACACAACGCCAUGAAGAGUGGUAUGUUGGCAGCCGAAUCAGCAAUGGAACUGAUAUUGUCUGGCGAGGCGUCUCAUGACAAGGGUGUUGUACCAACACUUUAUGAAGAUAAGCUGAAGGAAUCAUAUGUUUAUAAGGAGUUAAAGCAAGUGCGCAACUGUCGUCCAUCAUUUCACACCAAGUUGGGAAUGUAUGGAGGCAUUGCAUAUUCUGCCUUCUCUACUUUGGUUCGUGGCAAGGAACCUUGGACUCUUAGCCAUGGGGGUGCUGAUCAUGCCAAACUUAAGCCAGCAAAGGAAUGUCAGCCCAUAGAAUAUCCCAAGCCUGAUGGGGUUGUCACCUUUGAUUUACUGUCAUCGGUUGCUUUGACGGGCACAAAUCACGAAUCCGAUCAGCCACCUCAUUUGACAUUGAAAGAUGACACUGUGCCCGUGAAGAGGAAUCUCGGCGUUUUCGACGGCCCAGAAGCGAGGUUCUGUCCCGCAGGUGUAUAUGAGUAUGUACCAUUAGAGACCGGUGAUGGGCAGAGAUUACAAAUUAACGCACAAAACUGCAUUCACUGUAAGACAUGCGACAUCAAAGAUCCAUCGCAAAACAUCAAUUGGGUGGUGCCAGAAGGGGGCGGUGGUCCGGCCUACAACGGAAUG